AGCUUUGGGGAAGCAAGCAGCUGAUGGGGUAAAGUAGACAAAUCCGUCAGAAUAAAUCUGAACCGUCCAUUCUAGUCUUUGGACAGCGGUCAUUUUCUUCUUCCCCGUAACCCAAUCUUUCUCACACAAAACAUAACGCUACCGAGAAAAAAACUCUAUAAAAUCAAAAGAGCGAUUUUUUUUCCUGGGUCUCUCUCUCUGGUGGUGACGAUCGAAGAGAGUUCACGGAUUCAUAGAAGGAUUAAAUAAAUCAUUCUGGUAAUUUAAUCGAAUCCAAUCGAAGCGUAAGGAAUUCGGGAGAGUGAUUUUUGGGUUCGAAUUUUUGUGGUUGAUUCAUAAGAAAGCAAAAAAAAAAAAAAAGAAGGGUUUUGAGAUUUGGGUUGUUUUGAUUUCGAUUUUGGUUAUGGGUUUAGGUAAUAAGGGUAACAAAUUCAAUUUCGGUGAUAAUGAUCUCGCCGACGAAGGUAGUGCUGCCGAUGGCGAUUCUCGCGACGAAGGUGAUGGUUUUGGUUCUGUUGCGUGUUCCAUUUGUCUCGAGACGGUUGUUAAAAACGGCGAUCGAGCUUGGGCUAAUCUUCAAUGUGACCAUCAGUUCCAUCUUGAUUGUAUUGGUUCUGCUUUCAAUGCAAAGGGAGUGAUGCAAUGCCCCAACUGUCGGAAAGUAGAAAAAGGCCAGUGGCUUUAUGCAAAUGGUUGCCGUACAUAUCCUGAAUUCAGUGUUGAGGAUUGGGUUCACGAAGAAGAUAUUUAUGAUAUUGGAGCAUACUCUGAAUUGUCUUUUGGAGUUCACUGGUGCCCAUUUGGAAGCUCAGCCCGUCUUCCUUCUUUCGAGGAUGGAGAAUUUUCGCCGGGUUCAUAUCACGAUCUUUUGGGACAGCAAGGUUACUAUACUGAACCAGCAGCGCCAACUGCAGGUCAUCCAUGUCCAUAUGUAACCUAUUUUGGCCCGGUUCAUUCGUCUUCCUCAAGCAGUGGUGGUGCUGCAGGCGUUUCAGACAGUUCUAGUUUCAGUAGUCACUGGAACACUGGCUCUUCGGUUUCUGGUGAAGUCCCAACUCCAUAUGGUUUCCCUGUGGAUCCGCACUAUCACGGCUGGGAUUAUCACCCGCCUCCACCCCCACCGCCACAGCAUUUCUCUGCUUCUGGCCCUCAUGUGGGUAGUCCUACUCAGCCCACACCUCCACCAGCUGCUGCGAGGACUUCUCGAACUAACGGUUCAGAUGUGAUCAGACCCAGACCGCCACAUUUCACGCGUCCAUUUCAUGGUCACAGUUCCAGUGGUAGAGCGGGUAGCUCGGUGGCAUCUGUUCCGAGGACACCACCAUUUCCAGGAAGCAACGCUCGGACCCGAGACAGAAUGCAGGCUCUUCAAGCGUAUUACCAACAGUCUUCUGCACAGUCACACCAGCCGGAUUCGCCUAUAGUCUCUCGAGGACCUGUAUUCCCGUCUGGCCGGAGGCCCGCUAGAGGAAUAGCUUCCGGGAUGGGAUCAACAUCAUCUUCUUCGGAUCAGGCAGGCGGGAGUGGUUUUAUCCGGUUUAACAUAUGGGAGAGAGAUCCUUAUAUGCAAUCACAACAAGCCUACUCGAUUAAUCAGAUGGACAGAGAACCAAACAUUUGGACAUCUUCAUUUAACGAAGGAUCAGGAAGCUUCCAUCAGAGGCACGGGGGCGGAGGAGGAUCAUCGUAAGAACUGAGUCAGUACCCGUCGAGAUUCUCACCGGUCGGGCAAUUCUCAUGAUGGACACAAAUCAAAAAAAGAAAAAAAAAAAAAAACAUUGGGAAUUUGAUAUUUGAGAAAACCUGAAAACUGCAUGCUCAAGUUAUGUGAUGAAUUGAUAAUCUAAAAACACAAAAUGGUAUGUAAUGGUUUGGAGAGAGACUGCCUCCCCCGCGUUGGUGGUGUGACUGUGCGGUUCGAGGUCUGGUUUGAAUCGGGGGAGCGAAAGAGGUCGUUGGGUAUUUGUUUUUUAAUGUGGCGACAAUGGGUAUCAAAGUGAUGAAGUACCCUAAUGAAACUUUUUUCCUAUCUGGUUUUGUUAAAUUCUAAAAUGUUGAGUUUUCUCCUUCU